AACUCUUGGGCUGUUCCAAGUACCGACGGCUUUCGUGUCAUUUUCUCUACUCUGGUUGUCCUCGGAUGGGAACGCACGGUAGCAGCAGUAGGAGAAAGAAGAGUCGAAGAAGAUCCGACGAUUCCGAUGAUUCUGAUACCCCUGACUCUUCGCCGGAUAGGUCCUCCAGCAAACGAAGAGAACGCAGCCGCAGCAGUCGCCGCCGGAGCUCUUCGCGACAUUUGGAUGAUUCCGAUAGCAGUGGCAAAAGUGAUGGUGGCGGAAAGAAGAGGUCCUCCAGAAACAUUACCGAAGAGGAAAUUGCUGACUAUUUGGCCAAAAAAGCUCAGAAAAAAGCGUUGCGAGUUGCUAAGAAGUUGAAGUCGCAGACCGUUUCCGGGUAUUCCAAUGAUUCAAAUCCAUUUGGUGAUGCCAAUCUCAAUGAGAAAUUUGUGUGGCGAAAGAAGAUUGAACGUGACGUUUCUCAAGGUGUUCCACUUGACAUGUUUUCAGUAAAGGCCGAGAAAAAAAGACAGAGAGAAAGGAUGGCAGAGAUUGAAAAGGUGAAAAAGAGAAGGGAGGAAAGGGCAAUUGAAAAGGCACAACAUGAGGAAGAAAUGGCAUUGCUUGCUAGAGAACGUGCUCGGGCUGAGUUCCAAGAUUGGGAGAAGAAAGAAGAAGAGUUCCACUUUGAUCAAAGCAAAGUCAGAUCAGAUAUUAGAUUGCGCGAAGGGCGUUUAAAGCCUAUUGAUAUUCUCUCCAAUCUGCUCAAUGGCUCAGAUGAUUUUGAUAUGGAUAUAAGCGAACCAUAUAUGGUCUUCAAGGGUUUGACAGUAAAAGAAAUGGAAGAACUCCGUGAUGACCUCAAAAUGCAUCUAGAUAUGGACAGGGCAACACCAACACAUAUAGAGUAUUGGGAGGCACUCUUGGUGGUUUGUGAUUGGGAACUAGCUGAAGCUCGAAAAAAAGAUGCAUUGGAUCGAGCUAGGGUGCGGGGGGAGGAACCACCUGCUGAGUUGCUUGCUGAAGAAAGGGGUCUGCAUUCAAGUAUUGAAGCAGAUGUCAAGAAUCUUCUGCAAGGGAAAACAUACAGUGAGUUGGAGGUAUUACAAUCACAGAUUGAGUCACAAAUGCGUUCUGGCACAGCAAAAGUAGUAGAGUACUGGGAGGCUGUUCUAAAACGCCUCCAUAUAUACAAGGCAAAGGCUUGCUUGAAGGAAAUUCAUGCCAAAAUGCUACACAAGCAUCUUCAAUAUCUUGAGCCUCGUUCAGAGAGUGAAGAUGAAUUAGAAGCAGAACCUGGUCCAGAGCCUAAAGUGGAGGAUAGCAUCCAAGAUCUAGAAGAUGCUCAAACAUUCUCUCCAGAACCCAUUUUGCAUGAAGAGGCUCAUGAAGCAGAAGAAGAGGCUGGUUCAUUUUCACCAGAGCUGUUGCAUGGUGACGAAAAUGAAGAAGCAAUUGAUCCUGAAGAGGAUAGAGCUAUACUGGAACGGAAACGCAUUGCAGUGUUAGAAGAACAGCAAAAACGGAUUCAAGAAGCAAUGGCUUCAAAACCAACUCCAUCUGAAGACAACUUGGAGCUGAAGGUCAUGAAAGCUAUGGGAGCCAUGGAAGAAGGUGAUGCCGUAUUUGGCUCUGGUGCUGAAGUAAACCUGGACUCUCAGGUGUACUGGUGGCAUGACAAGUACCGACCUAGGAAGCCAAAGUACUUCAACCGUGUUCAUACUGGAUAUGAAUGGAACAAAUACAAUCAAACUCACUAUGAUCAUGAUAACCCACCUCCAAAGAUUGUGCAAGGAUACAAAUUCAAUAUUUUCUACCCAGACCUGGUGGACAAGACGAAGGCUCCAGUUUAUACCAUUGAGAAGGAUGGGAGCAGUGGGGAGACGUGCCUGAUUAGAUUUCACGCUGGGCCACCCUAUGAAGAUAUUGCAUUCCGGAUUGUGAACAAAGAAUGGGAAUAUUCUCAUAAGAAGGGGUUUAAGUGCACAUUCGAACGGGGUAUUUUGCAUGUUUAUUUCAACUUCAAGCGCUACCGAUACCGCAGGUGAGACGUGGGUCGGUGGUUUUGAGACCCAUCUUUUUUCCCACACUAAAUUUGCAAUUGCCCCAUGGAGGGAACUGAGGAUUGUGAAAAAGUUCUUCCAACUUAUUGGAGGCGACCUGGAACUUGCCCCAUGUAGUUGUGCUGGAUGAAAAAAGGUUUGCCUACUUUCUCGAGUUGUCCUUAAUUAUACUCAGUAUAGUGUAGACUCAUGUACUUUAUUAAUAUUGAAAAAAUAAUAUUCAGCAUGAUAUAGACUCGUGUAUUCUGUUAAUAUUGAAAAAAAAA